CCCCGAGGUUGGGCGUCGUCGGAAUGGGUACCACGCUGGACAUCAAGAUCAAGCGGGCUAACAAGGUGUAUCACUGCGGGGAAGUUCUCACUGGAGUGGUGGUCAUAACAAGUAAAGAUUCAAUCCAGCAUCAGGGAAUCUCAUUAACAAUGGAUGGAUCUGUAAAUCUGCAGCUCAGUGCUAAAAGUGUUGGUGUGUUUGAAGCAUUCUGCAACUCUGUUAAGCCUAUUCAACUGAUUACUAAUACAGUAGAAAUGGUAAAAUCUGGAAAACUGCCUAGUGGUAAAACAGAAAUUCCUUUUGAGUUCCCACUGCAAGUAAAAGGAGGCAAAAUUCUUUAUGAAACUUACCAUGGAGUUUUUGUCAAUAUCCAGUAUACUCUUCGAUGUGAUAUGCGACGUUCUCUCCUGGCCAAGGAUUUGACAAAAUCUUGCGAAUAUAUUGUCCAUUCACCACCUCAGAAGGGUAAGCCAACUCCAAGCCCUGUAGACUUUACUAUUACUCCUGAAACACUACAGAAUGUGAAAGAGAGAGCACUGCUUCCAAAAUUUCUCAUAAGAGGUCAUCUCAAUUCAACAAACUGCAUCAUAACACAACCUCUAACAGGGGAGCUGAUAGUGAUGAACUCAGAUGCUGCUGUUAAAAGCAUUGAACUCCAGUUGGUACGAGUGGAAACCUGUGGCUGUGCUGAAGGUUAUGCUAGAGAUGCCACUGAGAUUCAGAACAUUCAGAUUGCUGAUGGCGAUGUCUGCAGAAAUCUUCCUAUUCCAAUCUAUAUGGUCUUUCCAAGAUUGUUUACAUGUCCUACACUGGAAACUACAAACUUCAAAGUUGAAUUUGAAGUUAACAUCGUUGUCCUCUUGCAUGAUGAUCACUUAAUCACAGAGAACUUUCCACUGAAACUCUGCAGAAUGUGAUUAGGUUUGCUUUACAACUAUUGCUCAGACUAGAUGCUUCCUACUUGUUGGUCAUCAGACUAACUGGCAUUGCAGGCACUAAGUACCAGUAAUACAGCCUUAUAAAUGAUUGACCAGAAUUUUAAGUUACAAUAACAAUGUUCUGACCCAAUAAGUCAGUGUCCAAUUAGCACUCGUUCACAUUUGUCUGUAAUGGCAUUGUAAUGCAAGUGUUAAUCUAAGUUGAAAUGGGGCCUACAUGGCCUACACCUGUCUAUUCUUAUUCGUUUAUAAGAGUUCUGUGAGUAAGAAAUUUAGACAUUGAGAGGAAGAGUUGCUUAUAGCAAUAUGUUGUUUUGACCAAAAUUAUUUUGUAUAUAUGUCUUAGUCUACCAUAUUAAGCAAAUUCUACCUUAACUUUGGAAACAUUAGUAUGCCCCAUGAAUCAUGAGAGAUGGAUAUCCCUUCAGUCAUGAGAGAUGGGAAGUGCAUUUAUCAAAAUAUUUGACUGACAUAAUAAAAGAAGCACCUAAA